UUCAGCCCGUUGCGCGUUACUGUUCGAUUUUGAGACUGACUGGUUAGUCAUGUGUGAAGAGUAUAAUGUGAAACGCAGAAUUAUCGAUGAAAGAAAUAUGGUUCCUUUUGUUCGUACUGUUGAGAACUUCGUAAUGGCAACCGACUUUCGGAUCACUUCUUUUUAAGUUCUAUAUGUUGCAUUGGUAACUUUAUCGAAGACUGAAUCCACUUUUUGGUUCACAAGAUGGAGAGUGGCGAAAUGUUUAGUGGUCAGACAUUUUUGCAUCACGUCUUCGAACAUGAUAUGUCAAGGCGUCUCGAUGAUAGCCAUUCUUCGACUGCGAUAAGAAAAACAUCGUGUUUGCGCUUCUGUGGUGAUGUUCACCAAAAUGAUGUGUCAAAUAAGUGUUUUCUAUCCCUUGUACUUUGUUAAAACUUGAAAACUUAUCCCUAUAUUUCGCUAAACUGUUACCAUUAAUGAAUCGGCUUUCGUCCAUCAAUACAUGUAUAAAGUAUGGCUGUGUUGCUCCGUUCUCGUUGGCGAAGAAUGUAGUGGUUCAUAAGCAAGGUGUAUGAUAGGUGAUAAGUGUAAGUUGUUUUGACGCUGGUGUUUUUUUAAGAGUAACACCAACCGGUCUUAGUAAUCUCAUUCGUUUCAUAGUUAUUGAGAAGGCUGUGGGCGCAAUAGUUAAUACACGGAAAUCAACUUUUCAUCCACAUUAUUAUUCAUGUUGUCUUCGUUGUAUCGUGAAUAGUGUAUAAUGUGUGCUGUAUUUGUACUGUGAAAAUAGUGAAGUUUCAAAAAUGCAGCCCUCCAGAAGUAUACCAAGUAACAUGAGUGAGAUAUGUAGGUUGUGUUUGUCAAGUGAGGGUAGCAUUCUGCCAAUAUUUGGUGAAGAGGAGGCGGAAGAGCCGCAUAUCCCCCUGUCCUUCAGGAUUCUGGCGUGCGUUUCUGUCGAGGUUACACACAGUGAUGGACUGCCUUCUCUGAUAUGCCAGCAAUGUUUGAAGCAAGUAGAUUCAUGGACAGAGUUCAAGCAACAGUGUGAUGCUUCUCAGGCAACUCUGAAGGAAUGGCAGCGUGCUGCAGAAGCUGCAGCUGCACUGGAUUCCUCUACCAAUGGUACCCCAGACCGUGUUGUAACUUCUGUUUCCGAUGUCACAGAUCUUGGCAGCCAAUCAUCCCCUGCUGCCAACAAGAUCUCAUCACGAAGGAGACACUUCAUUGCUGUGGAUCAAGUCAAGGAAACUACAAUAAAGCAGGAGCCCCCGGAUGAUUAUGGGAAUGACGAUGAUGAUAUUUUGGAAGACGAGGAAGAAGAGGAGGAAGAGGAUGAUGAUAGCAUGACUGAACUCGUUGAUGAUGCUGAGAGUGUUUCUUCCUGUGAAGAUGAUAGAAGAAUGUAUUCACAUGUACCUGUGGAAAUAAAACAGGAAGAGAUAGAAGUUUCUGAUGGAAGUGAUAAUGAAUAUUCACAUAAUUCUCAAGUUGCUGGAAGUUCCACUCAGGUUGACUCAGGAUUGAGCAAAAAUGUAGUAAAAACUGAACGAGAAGGUUCAGUAACUGAAGCUGGCAACCAUCACGGUCAGUCGCAGCGGCUAACACGUCGUCCACGGAGACUCUUCCUUGCUCGUAAAAAACGUUUUGGGCUAAGUUCGGGUGGAUCAAAAAUAUUCCCUUGUCAUGUCUGCAAUAAAGGUUUUGGGAGAAAAUCACACGCAAUUCGCCAUGAAAUGUCACACAGCCAUAUGAUUCAACUUUCUCAGACAACUUCUGGAAAUUCCUGUUUGAUGUGCAACAAGACUUUCUCAAAUCGUUCAAAUUUGGACCGCCACCUGCGUUUACACAGAGGCCAUCAGUUGCAAACUGCCCUUGAGCUUGGAAAUACAAGGCAGAAUGGACCAUCCUGGCAAAAUUCAGAACCAAACACUGGACAAGCAGUAGAAAGUGGCUCAGCAGAGCCAGAAGCUGAUUAUUAUUGUUACUUGUGUGGCAAAACCUUCCUUUCGCAGUAUCGCCUAAAGAUGCAUAUGGGCCAGCAUUCAAACUACAAAUGCCCAAAAUGUGGCAAAUGCUUCAAGGGUGGCACUGCCCUUUCCAACCAUCUACGCAUUCAUAACAUAAGGGGCUUUGUGAAGCACACAUGCCGAUUUUGCAUGAGAUCAUUUGCCUCAUUAGCGGCAAUGAUGAGUCACCGAAAGACACACUACCGAGCGGGUGCAGCUUCAGUGCAUACCUCCAGUGCACAACCACCACCAGUACCACCGGCACCUCCAGCUCAUGCAACAUCGGCACCCACACCAGUGCCAGCGCAGUUGUCAGUUUCACAGCAGUCAACAACACCUAUGACAGAGACAGAUUCAUCUCGUGGCAAUGCUGUAUUGUGCCGCCUUUGCAAUAAGUGGUUUAACAGUUUCUCAAUGCUCGAGCAGCACUUGGUAACACAUUCGACAAAUAAGCCGUAUUCAUGUUCAGUGUGUGGACUUCUGUUGGGAUACGCCUCAUCAGUAUACAAACACAUGCGUAAGAUGCACGGUGUUACUGUUGACUAUCAUACAAUUCGCCAGCAACUUCUUGGUACUGUCCCACCAGCAGGACCUCCUGCCCCACGGAUCAAUCCGCCUUUCUGUGGGCCAGCUGUGCAGAGCCGACCAGAACAGCCUGUUCCACAACCAACGACAUUUCCAUGCACAUUUUGUUCUCGGACGUUUACUCAUAAAUCAUUUUUAGCAGCGCACAUCCGAGCAACUCAUACAGGAACAAAUGGUACUCACCAGUGCCAGCUCUGUGGACAUGCUUUUGCUCAUCGCUACCUGCUACUUCGUCACAUAAAGACUCACGGUGGCUUCACGUGCCUUGUUUGCAUGAAGCAGUUUUCUGAUCUGAGAACACUAAACAAUCACAAAGGAGUACAUAAGCGAUUCAAAUUGCUUCAGUGCCCAUUGUGUAGCCAAAGUUUCAAUGGUGUACAACGGUUGGAGGCCCAUAAAGCACAGGCUCACCCUCUUGCAAAUGCAGGCUCAAUAGGAAUAUCAUACCUGUUUCAUUGUGACACUUGUGGUGAACGUUUUGCAACACGAUCAGAGCUUGCCCAACACAGAGAGAGCCAUAUUAGCCUCAAGUUGUACACUUGUCAAGUUUGCAAGAACUCAUAUAACAGCUCCUCAGCACUCAGCAAACAUAAACGCAAACAUGGACAUUAUGAAUCAUCCGAAAAUGUGGGAGAUAUGCCAGAUAAUAAGCCAUUUGUGUGCUCUGAAUGUGGAAAAGUUUUCACUGAUGCAGAAACGUACACACGCCACCAGGCUGUGCACAGACGGAGGAGCACUCCCACACCUUUAAUUGGUGGUUCAACUCCUUCAACAGCAAAUUCUCCAGCAGAGAGCAGUCACUGUACACUAUGCAACCGCACAUUCCGUGAUCAUCUUAGUCUCAUUCGACAUAAGGGCUGGCAUACUCGUCGACCGAAUCAGAUUCCUGUCGUCGUGAACCAUGAUGUUUCAGAAGAAACAACAUCAGCAGCAGUACUUGCAGAUGCAAGCUCACCAAACAGCCGCCUCUAUCCAUGUGACUACUGCAACAAAUCCUACAGCAAUGCAGGCUCAUUGUCCAAACAUAGACGAACGAACUGUCCCCGUCUACAUGUCAGUAAUGUUGAACAGACAGACAUGGAACCAGAAACAUUGGACCAAGAAGAUGAAGAUGAGGACAUAAAGCCUGUGUUACAACCUCUUGUAGUGCUUCAAGAAGAUGGGGAUGAUGGGACGCCUGUUGCAACCAGCAAUGGCCCAGUUACCAUUCCAACUGCAACUACUAGUUUUGAGAGACAUCCAUGUGCUCUGUGCCCAAAAGUAUUCCGUACACCCAAAGCACUUGUAGUGCAUCGUGGCUGGCACGCUCGGUCGCCUAGGCCGUCUCCACCUCAGCUGCCUUUUGCUGACAGCUCAUCUCGCCCAAAGGAUGACGGAGAUGGACGCUCCUACACAUUAAUGGAUGCCAGUGAAACAAUGGAUGAAAACAGACUCUACAGGUGCAAUGCAUGCUGGAGAACAUUUAGUAAUACAUCAGCAUUCAGGAGGCACAAAUGUCUUGCUCAAGAUGAUCUAAUGAUUCAUAGAAGCACACCAAGCACUCAAAGUACUCCUCAAGGUGGUGGUGUCAGUUGCCCAAUUUGUGACCGAAAAUGUUCAAAGGAAAAAUAUCUCCUACAGCAUAUGAAAAUCCAUACCACUCCAAAUACUCCUGGGGGCAGUACAGCAGCAAAUGGCAUGGUAAGCACUCCAACAACAAAUGCUCAAAACUUCCAAAUGAAAGGAAGUGAUCCUGGAACAAUUACCAUGAAAGAUGAUGAUGUAGAUGUCACUACAGUUGAUGAUGAUGACGACGACGAUGAUGAUGAUGAUGGUGAUGAAGAAGGCCCCAAUGUUACUACAUCAGGGGAUGGUCCUGGCAUCACUUGCCAGAUCUGCCAGCGACAAUUCAAGAAGGAAAAAUACCUCAUACAGCAUGUGCGAAUCCACACAGGUGAAAAGCCAUUUUCGUGUUCUGAAUGUGGCCGCUGCUUCUCUCGUCAGUCAGUCCUGUGGAAACACAAGAAGUCACACAAAGGUCCAUACAAGUGUCCAUCAUGUCCUCAAAAUUUUUUUCAGCCUGAACUAUUGCAGAAACAUUUAGUUGAGGAUCAUGGACAAGUUAAUGGCAUUGAUGAUGUUGAACAGUUGCAGACUGUUACAGAGAAUGGCAUUGUCUGUACAGAAACAUCUGCUGGGGAAUCUGAGUUUGAAACUGAUUAGAAAUGUUUUUUCUAACUGUGCCUACUAAUUACUCUUUUCGUUUGCUUUUGUUAUAAUUAUUGUAGAAUUUUUGUAAUUGAAAGGAUGUUGAGUCUAAAAGUAAAUGUGCACGAGGGCUGCAUAACUCCCAUUCUUGACUGAGUGCAGUUGCAGCAAGUGAAUGGUAGGAUGGUAGAUUCACUGUGUGCAAAUGGCUGUACACAUUUUUGUGUGAGUUUGUGUUAUCAGAACUGCUUUGAUGCAGACUCUUCAAAUCCUUCUAAAUAUUUGCAAAAAAAGUACAGUUAAGAUAUUUGUGUAGUUAGAAGUACUGUAGGCCAUGUGGUGAUUGUACUGCACUCUCACAAGGGAAGAUUGUUAUUGAGAAGAAUGAGACAAGGUGCUCCAUCGGAUAUGAAAGUCACUAAUCUGUGAAAGGUCUGCUGGCUUUGGUUGAAAAUGGAGCAUUGUGUCUUGUUUGGCUGAGCCAUGAAUUAUUUUCCCCUCUUCAUUUCAAACUUAGGGUAAGCCAAAACUGUACUCAGUUUUGUUUUAUUUUUUAGUGUGUUGUUUCUGCAAGAUUGCAGUAGUCAUUGUGCUAGAAAAUAAAGAGAAGAAAGCAAUGUGUUAACUGUAUUGGUACUCAUUACAGAAUUGAUAAGAUUUUUUAGAAUGCUUUGGAUCUACUAUAUGUAAUAUUACUAUAUAAACAUUUUGUACACAUGUGUGCAUUAUACAAUAUUGGAAUUGGUAUCUCUGGUUUUACAGAGACACUUUGUUCACUUAAUUGGCAAGUUUUACUUAGUGUUAAUUGGUAGUGACUUUUAUGCAAGGUGUGACGAUAUUCAGAAAAGAAAUACGUGAAUGCAGGCUUGUUUAGAGCUAUUUCUGUAAUAAUUAUGAAAUGUCUCUAAACAAAGUUUGUUGUAACACAUGAUAAAAAAUUUCUUUU